UGCUGCUUCCCUGGCAACUUAGCAUGAAGAGGUUGCUGCUGUGUGGAGAAGAGAGAAGUGACGGCUUGACCUUGACCCUGACCGCAGCAGCCAGCGUGUGAGCCAGCUGAGUUGGGUGUGUCUUGUAAAGAAAUGCCAAGUGGUCAACAGAAUGGAUCUGCCAUCAGGAGCCAAAUCAGUUCUUGUCCUUGUGGAGGGGAUGUCAUGCAAUUCUUGCGUGGAGACCAUUGAGAAGCAUGUUGGAGAACUGAAUGGUGUCCAUGGUGUUAAAGUCUCAUUGGACGAUAAGAAUGCAGCCAUUAUCUAUGAUCCUGGACUGCAAACUCCAGAAUCGCUAAAGGAAGUUAUCGAAGACAUGGGAUUUGUGACUGCUCUUGCAGAUAUGAACCCGCAGUCCAUUUUACCAGACACCCUUUUCAUUGCAAUUCCGGCUCAAUCAACUGCAAUAUGCGAACGUAUCCGUACCACCCUGCUGAAGGCCAAAGGCAUCUUGGAUGUGAAAAUCUCUUCUGAUAAAAAAUCUCUGGUGGUAACGUUUUUAUCCUCAGUUAUAAACAGUAAGCAGGUCAGGCAAAUAGUGCCAGAAUUAAAUUCAGCUAGUGCAGCACAUGAGAGUAAUCCAGAAAUGUACAACGAUUUGAACUUACCCCAAUCCAGCGAUGUUGUCCUAAGGAUGAAAGUGGAGGGGAUGACGUGCCAUUCCUGCACCAGUACUAUUGAAGGGAAGAUUGGCAAGCUCCAGGGGGUCACCCGGAUUAAAGUUUCCUUGGACACUCAGGAUGCUGUGGUGGUGUUUCAGCCUCAUCUCAUCACAUCAGAGGAAAUCAGAAACCAAAUCGAAGCUGUAGGGUUUAAGGCAUCUAUAAAAAAACAGCCGAAGCCUCUCAGACUGGGUGCUAUUGAUGUGCAGCGACUAAAGAACACACCUGCCAAAUCCUCAGAAGGAGUUCUGCAGGAACACCCGGAGCAUGUGCACUGCUUAGAGACUGCUAAAUUCAAAGUUGAUGGCAUGCACUGUCAUUCAUGCGUCCUCAAUAUCCAGAGCACCAUAUCAGCACUCCCCUCAGUAACUAGCAUAGCAGUUUCUUUAGAGGACAAGUCUGCUGUUGUGAAGUAUAAUCCCAGCCUAAUCACCCUCGGUGCACUAAGAAGAGCCAUAGAAUCUGUGUCGCUGGGGACUUUCAAGGUCAGCCUUCUUGAUAUACCUGAAAACUCUGAACUCUUGAACGUGCCCCAGUCUCCAGUGAAGUCUCCUCGGAGAGAGGUCAGCAGCACCAUGCAUCCCCUGACGACCGUCACGGUGAUAAAUAUAGAGGGAAUGACCUGCAAUUCCUGUGUGAAGUCAAUUGAGGGCGUAAUUUCCCAAAAACCAGGUGUGAAAUCGGUAUGUGUGUCACUUCUGCAUCAUAAUGGGACUAUAGAAUACGAUCCCAUACUCACCUCACCAGAUGACUUAAAAAACGCAAUUGAGGACAUGGGCUUUGAUGCAUCCUUGACAGGGCUGGCCACCUCAGACGCCAUGGUGCUACAGACUCAGCCCUCACAGGAGAAGCUGGCAGAGUCUCAGAAUAAUACAUUCUCCAGUGUGGAACUUCACUCCAGGCUGUCACCUGCUCACAAUAAGCAGGAAUCCAAGGAGCCGUCCAAGUGUUACAUUCAAGUCACUGGCAUGACGUGCGCUUCAUGCGUGGCGAACAUUGAGAGGAAUCUGAGGAGAGAAAAUGGCAUACACUCCGUGCUUGUUGCAUUGAUGGCUGGCAAGGCAGAAGUGAGGUAUGAUUCUUCCGUCAUCCAGCCAUCUUCUGUAGCAGAGUUGAUUCGAGAGCUGGGAUUUGGAGCUACAGUUUUGGAGAACUAUGACGAAGGAGAUGGCAUCCUGGAACUUGUAGUGAGAGGAAUGACAUGUGCCUCGUGCGUACAUAAAAUAGAGUCCACGCUUAUGAAAAAAAGGGGGUUUUUGUACAUCUCAGUGGCUCUUGCAACCAACAAAGCCCACAUUAAGUAUGAUCCUGAGAUUGUUGGCCCUCGGGAUAUUUUACAGCUCAUAGAGAGUUUAGGGUUUCAUGCUUCCCUAGUAAAGAGGGAUAGAUCUGCCAGUCACUUAGAUCACAAACAAGAAAUAAGGCAAUGGAAGCGGUCUUUUGUCAUCAGUCUGAUCUUCUGCAUCCCUGUCAUGGGGCUCAUGAUUUACAUGAUGGUUAUGGACAGUCACUUGUCAGCUAUGCACAAGCAAAUGAACCUUACCCAUGAGGAAAUAGAAGCCUAUCAUUCAUCGAUGUUCCUGGAGCGCCAGAUCUGUCCUGGAUUGUCAGUGAUGAAUUUGCUUUCCUUCCUAUUGUGUGUCCCUGUGCAGUUAUUCGGAGGCUGGCAUUUCUACAUCCAAGCAUACAGAGCUGUGAAGCAUCGGGCUGCCAAUAUGGAUGUCCUGAUAGUUUUGGCAACCACCAUUGCCUUUGUGUACUCCCUGGUGGUCAUUCUGGUUGCUAUGGCCGAGAAGGCAAAGGUCAAUCCAGUGACCUUCUUUGACACACCACCAAUGCUCUUCGUGUUCAUUGCGCUGGGGAGGUGGCUGGAGCACAUGGCAAAGGGUAAAACAUCAGAAGCCCUUGCAAAAUUAAUUUCACUACAAGCAACAGAAGCAACUAUUGUUACUUUAGGCCCAGACAACAGCCUUGUAAGUGAAGAGCAAGUUGAUGUAGAACUGGUUCAGCGUGGUGACAUUGUCAAAGUGGUCCCGGGAGGCAAAUUUCCAGUAGACGGCCGAGUUAUCGAAGGGCAUUCUAUGGUGGAUGAAUCGCUUAUCACAGGCGAAGCAAUGCCGGUGACUAAAAAGCCUGGCAGUACCGUCAUUGCAGGUUCCAUUAAUCAGAAUGGUUCCCUGCUGAUUUCUGCGACUCAUGUUGGAGCUGAUACAACUCUUUCCCAGAUUGUCAAACUUGUGGAAGAAGCACAAACCUCGAAGGCCCCAAUUCAGCAGUUUGCAGACAAACUUAGCGGCUACUUUGUUCCUUUCAUUGUCGGCGUGUCCGUGGUUACACUUUUUGCCUGGAUUGUGAUUGGGUUUGUCGAUUUUGAAAUUGUGGAAACCUAUUUUCCUGGUUACAAUAAGAGCAUUUCAAGGACUGAAGUGAUAAUCCGUUUUGCUUUCCAAGCCUCCAUUACAGUGCUGUGUAUUGCCUGUCCUUGUUCAUUGGGAUUAGCAACCCCAACGGCUGUGAUGGUGGGUACUGGGGUUGGAGCACAAAAUGGCAUCUUGAUUAAAGGCGGAGAGCCACUAGAGAUGGCACAUAAGGUUAAAGUGGUGGUCUUCGAUAAGACAGGGACUGUCACUCAUGGAACUCCAGUGGUCAUGCAGGUCAAAAUCCUUGUGGAGAGUAACCGGAUGCCUCGCAAUAAGAUUUUGGCAUUAAUAGGGACUGCAGAGAGCAACAGUGAGCACCCACUAGGAACAGCUGUAACAAAAUACUGCAAACAGGAAUUGAACACAGGCGUUCUUGGCACUUGCACUGAUUUCCAGGUAGUCCCAGGCUGUGGCAUUAGUUGUAAGGUCACAAAUAUUGGUGCCUUAAUACACAGAAGAGAGAGCAUUGAAGAAAACAAUGUCAGAAACGCAGCUCUUGUGGAAAUGGAGAAGGUGGAGGACUCCAUGCAGCCUGCCUUGAUUAUUGAUGAAGAGUUGCCAAUGACAUGGGAUUCCCACAAGUAUUCUGUUCUUAUUGGCAAUCGGGAAUGGAUGGCCAGAAAUGGUCUUCUUCUCAAAAAUGAAGUUGAUAAUGCUAUGACUGAACAUGAAUGCAGAGGCCGUACUGCUGUUCUUGUGGCUGUGGAUGGGGAGCUGUGUGGCUUAGUAGCGAUUGCUGAUACAGUGAAACCAGAAGCAGAGCUGGCUGUCCACACCUUGAAGGCAAUGGGCUUAGAAGUUGUUUUGAUGACUGGUGACAACAGCAAAACCGCCAGGUCUAUUGCUUCUCAGGUUGGCAUCACGAAGGUGUUUGCAGAAGUACUUCCUUCCCACAAAGUUGCCAAAGUGAAGCAGCUGCAGGAAGAAGGGAAGCGAGUAGCAAUGGUGGGAGAUGGCAUCAACGACUCCCCCGCCCUGGCCAUGGCUGACAUUGGGAUCGCAAUUGGCACAGGCACGGAUGUGGCCAUCGAGGCAGCUGAUGUGGUUUUGAUCAGGAACGAUUUGCUGGAUGUGGUGGCAAGUAUAGAUUUAUCAAGGAAGACUGUUAAAAGGAUACGAAUCAACUUUGUCUUUGCUCUCAUUUACAAUCUCAUUGGCGUUCCUGUGGCUGCUGGCGUCUUCCUCCCAGCUGGUUUGGUUCUUCAGCCUUGGAUGGGCUCAGCAGCCAUGGCGGCCUCUUCUGUCUCUGUUGUGGUGUCCUCUCUUCUGCUGAAAUUCUACAAGAAACCUACACCGGAGAAAUAUGAAGUGCGUGCCUCCAAUCAGACGAGGCUGAAGAGCCCUUCGGAAAUCUGUGUCCAUGUUGGCAUUGAUGACACAGCACCAGAGUCACCCAAACUGAGUCUGAUGGAUCGUAUUGUCAACUACAGCCGAGCUUCGAUAAACUCUCUCCUCUCAGACAAGCGAUCUCUCAGCAGCAUCGUCCUCAAUGAGCCAGAUAAGCAUUCACUUCUCACCGGGGGCUCCCAGGAAGAAGAUGAUACAGUCAUCUGAAAAGACCUUCUCUAUGGAGUGGGCUGGGU